GACGGAGCAUGUCCAUUGUACGAGGUGUUCUGAACGAGUACCGCGAUUGUUGAGGUGCAGGCUGGUAAAAUACGCGAUUUUCCCGAAAAGUUGUGUCAUCUGCCGUAGCCGACUGUCGCCGUGUAGCUCGGCGGCGUAUGAAAUCGUUGUCACACGCGAAUCUUACCGAAACGCAGCCGGUUGUUAGAGAGACAAACAGCGGCGGUCGUCUCCACCACCAUAGGAAUCUGUCCGUUAGCGGCGGACCCUGAUAGCACCGGAGCUAGCUGACGUUAGCAGCCGCUGUGUUGUGCUGUGAAUCCGCCGAAAGACCUGUAGAAAUAUGUCUCUAACUGGAGGUCGUCGCGUUUCGAAAUAAAUAAGUCACCGGAGUCGGGAGAGAGCACCGAGAGCUGUUAGCUCGCGAACUAGCCACUUAGCCGAGCUAGCUACGCUAACGCUACCGGAUUGUCUUUCACAAAAGGACAACGCGUGAACAAGAGACUCGGCAGCAAACCCUCAACGCUGGCUUUUCUUUUUCCCCCUUUUUUCUGAUUGUUUUUAUUCUUUCGGCCAUCGCACCAAGAGCACCCGCAGUCGUACAGAAUGAAUGGGUUCAGCACGGAGGAGGACAGCCACGAUGGACCGCCUGCUCCGCCGUUUUAUGGACAGAGCUGCUGUCUGAUCGAAGACGGAGAGCGCUGCGGCCGGUCGGCUGGAAACGCCUCCUUCAGCAAGAGGAUCCAGAAAAGCAUAUCGCAGAAGAAGCUCAAACUGGACAUCGACAAGAGCGUGCGACACCUCUACAUCUGCGACUUUCAUAAGAACUUCAUCCAGAGUGUUCGCAACAAGAGGAAGAGGAAGACCAGUGACGACGGAGGAGAGUCCCCGGACCAUGACGUGGAGGUGCCUGAGGUCGACCUUUUCCAGCUGCAGGUGAACACGUUGAGACGCUACAAGCGACACUACAAACUGCAGACCAGGCCCGGACUCAACAAGGCCCAGCUGGCAGAGACGGUGAGUCGUCACUUCAGGAAUAUACCGGUGAACGAGAAGGAGACGCUGACCUACUUUAUUUACAUGGUGAAGAGCAGCAAGAGCCGCUUGGACCAGAAAGGUGACGGCGGCAAACCGCUGGACUAAACUUCCCAACAACAACCACAGCAGCUCCCAACAAAAAUCAGUAAUCGACAACCACAGUGACAAACAACAACAACAACAACAACAGCAAUUCACAAAGCCUGGACACCACUAACAGCAGCAACAGCUACAACCAGCUCCUCGUGCAACCCUGUCACCGUCCCAACUCCUCUGUGAGACCAGAACACAAACACUUGUUGUCCUUUUUAUAGUUAACUGAAAUGGAGGAGAACUCGUGGCGGGAUGAGUUCACUUUAGCUCAUUUUGCCGUCUUCACAUAAAAAUUAAAAAAAACAGCCUGUCCGCGCAUGACGUCACAACGGUCGAUCCUCCUCUAAUCCACUUUCUCUCCUCCGCAAAAAUCCAGGUCCCUAAAGACUGUCGAGGACCAGGACUCACUCCGCAGGGUUUUAUGUCGUCAUGCUGUAAUGUAACUUGUCAAUAUGUACAAAAGAACAGCGUCCGAUCUUUAGUAACUUGGUUGAAUGCAAUGUACAAUAUAGCUGCCUUAAGAGUAAAAAUACGAAACACGUUUUCGGUAAUUUGGGGUAAAUUUUUUUUUCUUUCUUUGCCGAUUUGACUGUUAACACGUUCACCGCGAGGAGUGCUUGUGCCAAACAGGAAAGCGUGUGGGAACAGAAUGAUGAUGAGUGGGAUUUAUUUGUUUUUUUUUUUUUUUUUUUAUUGUGAAUGAAUGAAUCGUUGGAAAUGGGCGCCGCCUUCACUGAAGUUACAUCAAGCAUAUCAGGACUCAGGGUCCGUUCGCUCCUUUUUAGUGGCACAAAAUUCACAUGAACUCUUCAUUCUAAAUGAAAAAACAAGCUGAUCUCAGUCCUGUGAUCUUUUAGUCGCCCCUUUCCAACUGCACGUGGUGCGUUUAAACGUGGAUGUUGGUGAAUGAUGUAGCAUUUGGCUAUGCCCCACUCUUCUCCUCCUCGCCAGCUGUUUUAUGUAUGUAUGAACACACACACACACACACAUACUGAUCUGUUUUCUCUGCAGGUGUUGGUAGCUGAUUUCAUUCUUUUUUCUUUCUUUCUUUGUAACCCGAUUUUCUCCUCGUCUGUUUAGUUCAGCCUUAAGUUGUAUAAAGAUGCGUCUGUCUGCAUAUGAUUUUGAUUUCUCCAUAUUUGAUUCCACCUGAAGUGGGAUUUGUGUGUGCGAUAGGGGUGUAAGAGUAACUAUUAGCGUCAUUUUAAUAUUUAAGAGCAGUGUUUAAAUUGAACAACUCUUGAUAAGAAGCUGAGUUGACAAGUUGGCCAGAUGACUAAAGCAGUACAAAUGAAUGUUCAAAUAAUCAAAUUGAAACAUGGAUAUGGAUGACUUCCUUCCAUAUCGACCAGCAGAGAUCACUAUUUUAGUGAAAGUUGGUUAACGAGGUCUUGAAGAGUUUUUUACAUUUUUAUGUCCAGUUGAAAUAAUCCUGCUGGUUGACGUUUAUGUCCCCAGAAUGUCUGUAAAGGUUCAAUGUGAAUCUAAUUUGGGACCAAAAGUAGCAUCACACCAUAACUGGGUUCAUUUUGUUGGUAUUUCUUUACGCUCAGAUUCAAUUUAUGACCAUCUUACCUUCUUAAAUGAUUUACAUUGCAGUGACUCUGCAUUUUGGCAAUUAUUUAUAUGCCCAAGAUAUCCAUUAAUUGUUUGCUUUGGGCAAAACUUCAUUUAUUUUAUACAUUUCACUGUCCAAAACCUCAACGGUUUUCAGUUUGUGAUGAUAGGAAGCAGAGAUGUCAGAAUUGAAGAUGUUCAUUAUUUGUUGAAUUGGGUCUUGUGUUUCAAUAAGCCACAGGCUGUGAUAGGAAGCGACCAAUAAUCACCAGUGACCCCGAGUCAACAUGAAACAUUUGAGUCAACGUUGCUGAAAACCUGCAAGUUUAUUUAAAUUCUUAAUGCACUGCUGAAACCUGGACAACUAGAUUUUUGCAUCCUCAAACUACAACUCUUCCACUCCAGCUCUGUGUUUUUUUUUACAUAGGUCGUACACAGUUUGGAGUUUCUGUUGGGAUUUUUUUUUUUUAAACUCUGCCUCUUCUGUUACACAUUGUAUUUAAGUUUGUCCACCACACUGUUUCUUUUCUUUUUGUCAUAAUUUCAAUUUUGCUUGUAGGUUUGUUAGUGUCAUGUAGAUAACAUCCAACUUUAUUAACAUAUAGGCCAGGCCACAUUAACCUAAUUGUUGUAUUAGAAAAAACAUAUUUAAAAUAUGGCUGCUUAUUGCUCCUAAUGAUAAUAAAUGUAUUGUACAGGAAAA